AUUGCAGCUGAAAAGAACAGAUCCUUGAAUAAGGCAAAAUAUCCAAGAGGUUAUAUGAUACUUGUUUUUAUUAUUAUAUAUACAUAUGCAUGAAAGUAAAAAAUUUACAAUAAAUUUCAUAAAAAGAGAGGAUAAACGAUGUCGAUAAACGAUAGCCGUUUACAUACGGUGAAUGACAUAUUUAACAGAAUGUCCAAGGAUUUUGUGACUGUCGAUGGCAACGUGAAGAAAAUUCAAAAGGAGAACCUAACUUCAUACAAAGUAGCAACUGUUAUUUUAAUUAAAGUUUAUUGUAAUGAAACUACAAAAGCAAUUGUGGAGAGACGUGAUUUUUGUUUAGCAUCAUUGAAACUAAUUCAGUCAGCAGACAUGGAACUGACUGCUCUAUUGGAUAUGUUAUAUGAACCAGAAUAUGCUUUACAUCGAUUUGCAGAUCAAUUGGAAGUAGAGUUGGAUAUUUUGUAUGAGAAAGGAGUGGAUGGAUUGUUAGAUUUAUUCGAUAGUCUUCGUCGUUUGAUGGAACCCAAAGAUCAUUCGCUAUCUUUAUCAGCAUUGCACAAGAAUUCUGUUCAUGGACUGUAUGUUCGUAGGAUGCUUAUCUUUUUUGAGAAAUUAGCCUUUGAUCAAGUAGUUACUCUUUAUAAUGAUUUAAAAAAAUACGUUGAGAGAAAAGUCAAUAAUCCAGAAAACUCUGAUAUCUCUGAAAUCAAUAAGCAAGGAGAUUCUGGUCCGUACAAAGCAAAAACCAUUUGGGGUGGAAGACAAGCAGAAUUACUUGUAGCACAGCAAGCACAUGCAUUACAGACUGACGAGCAUAAAGCUUUGCCAUCAAUAGAGCUACAAGCUCUUGUUCAAGAUCUUUUAAAAUCUACUCCUUAUAAUGCAGAUGCACAUUAUUUAAGUUAUUUAAAUUGCAUUCGCGUGAGUGACUUUUGCGGAGCAGUGGAUAGUCUGUAUCACUGUUUUGAUAGAUUGGCACCUUUAGAGAACCGAUCCACACCCGAAGAUCGGUCUCGUACAUUUCGAUAUGCUGCACUCAAUCUGGCUGUUUUACAUGCUCAAUUUAAUCACAAGGAAAUAGCGCAGUACGCUUUAAAGGAAGCUAUUAAAUUAGCUCAAGAAGCUGGAGACAACGUGUGCUUGCAGCUCGCGCAUUCUUGGGUAUCCUAUUUGACCAGUGAAGAGCAUAAAGGACCUCUCAUAGAACGCUCGGUUGGCAAAGCGAGUUUGCUUGGAAUUACGCAUACGACAGGCUUAAGCCUCAUUUCGCACGCUCAUAAUUAUGCUCUGGAAGCCAAGAAUCCUUCACUAGUAUUCGAUAUACUGAUGAAGUCGGACAUGUUAAAUUGUCAACAUUCGAUGUCCGACUUAAUGUCCAUUACAUUUGCGGAGAAAUCCGCAUUAUGGGCAUACUAUGGUAAAACGGAAAUGGCCUCUCUUUGCGCCCAGUUGCUGCUUCUUCACAAUACAGGUGACAAAAAACAGCACGUGUUCAACGGGCCGCCCACAUGCCAGGCGAUUGUCACUAUCGCCAAUAUAUUGAUCGAAUUGGGCGAAUAUAUUCUCGCGGAUAUUGUGCUAACUCAUGCCAAAAAGAAAUUCCCCAACAGUCCUUGCAACAAGAUGUGGAUGCUGAGUGAACAGUUGCAUAUGUUUACGCAAUUGAUGAGGCAAGAGAAGUGGAGCGAGGCGGAGGCAAUAGCUAAAAGUAUUUCCAGUCUAGAUAAAUUGGAAUGUAAACUCAAAUUGGCGGAAGUUUGCUUGGCAAAAGGCGAUUUUCCAAAGGGACUCGAGUACAUUAAUCUUAUCAUGAAGGAUGCAGAUGCGACUUCUUUAUAUAAAAUACGCGCAAUACUUAUCUCGAGCCAGAUUAUGUGCGCUUCGUCCUCGCCAGGCAACGGAUCAGCGAUCUCCACUAAUUGCAUAGUGCAUCUUUGUUCCGCCUUGGAAUUAGCCACACGAAAUCAUCUGUCGUAUUACAAAGCGCUCGUCAAGAUGCAUCUCGCUAACAUACAACUGCUAAUGGGCUUGCCUACAUUGGCCUUGAAUAUGGUGGAGGAAGCUAUUCCCACAAUCCUAGGUCACGGUGGCUAUUACGAUCAAGGCAAGGCGUUUAUGUUGUAUGGAAAGUGUUUAAUAGCUUCGGCGUCGGAGAAGUCUUCUGAGACACGGAAAGAGGCGAUCUUAACCGGAAUAAAAACUCUGUCGAAAGCGCAGGCGCUCUUCAUGAAGGUCAACGCCAUCGCGAAGGUCAAGAGCAUUUUGCAUCUGCAAGCUGUCUUUUACAAUGAAAUCGAUCUUCUGCUUGAACGUAAUCGUUGCGCCUUCGAAUUUCGUCAACUAAGCGAACAAUACGUAAUUACUUCUACCAAUCUGUUUUUGUAUUAAAAUUUAUUUAAAGAGGCUAUUUUUUUUACAUAAAAAUGAAAAGAAGGAGAACAGAGAUACCAGGUUCUUCUUUCCAGAAAAAAAAAUUUUCCCCCUCUCUCUCUCUCUCUCUUUUAUUAUUAUUCCCCUUUUCUCGCAUUCUCAUUCAUGUUCACUUAUUUGGUGUCUUACAUGUAUUGAUGUAUGUGUGUAUGAAGUGAAAAUGAUUAAGGAGAGACUCGCUAAAGUCAAAUCGUGAGCGCGCAUGGAUACGAUUGCGUGCGCAACUUCAUUCAAUUUUCAUUCUGCGCAUGCGUUAUUAGAUUAUGAAUGAAGACCCAAGGAAAAUUCAGAAUACGAGAUCUGCUCGAUUUUAAUCGUCCGAGAUCAGAUAUUUUAAAGAUAAAUAUUUUUUAUACGAUUUGACCCAUACAGCACAGAAGCUUGCAACAUUGCUUCAACAUUGCUGCAAUGUUACAACAUUGCACAUAGCAGUAUAAUGUUGCAGAAAUAAUGCGAGACAUUAUUUUGUAAUAUUACUUUGGCAAUGUCGCAGCAACGUUUCAACAUAGCGAAAAUGUAUAACAUGUGUUUCUUUACUUGUCGCUACGCGACGACACCCAAUUUAAUUAACUCGUACUCGAAUUCAUCUAAGAUGGAUAUAAGGUCUACAAAAGAUUAAUGUAGUAAUUAUAU